CAUUUCCUUCCUCCCCUACAUGCGUGUGUCUUUCAAUGUAGCUAUUGUCUCUGGGUGCGGUUUCAUCAAACACUAUUUCGCCCAGGCAGUUUUGCGUUUUUCCUCCACAAAUUUGUUGUUAUACGCUCGGAUUUACACGCACUUUUAUUUAUUGCAGUUCAUACCUUCCGCCAAACGUCUCCUCUAAACAAGGGUAUAGGCUGAGGAGCAGUAAAACCAACUUGGUCUUUUUCUUUCCAGUCUAUCCCAGUUAUCGUCCAUCCAGAAGGAAUAAGUCGAGGAAUUAGGAGAGCAGCAACUGGUUUGUGUAGUACCCUCCGCACGGACACAACAACAGGUUAUCAGCUGCCCUGCACAAUGGAAGCCAUAGCGAAGUACGAUUUUAAAGCGACUGCAGAUGAUGAACUAAGUUUCAAGCGUGGAGAGGUACUGAAGGUUUUAAAUGAAGAAUGUGACCAAAACUGGUACAAGGCAGAGGUGAACGGAAGAGAGGGCUUCAUCCCCAAGAAUUAUAUUGAAAUGAAGCCACAUCCGUGGUUUUACGGAAAGAUCCCGCGGGCAAAGGCCGAGGAGAUGCUUAACAAACAGCGACAGGAUGGGGCCUUCCUCAUCAGAGAGAGCGAGAGUACUCCAGGGGACUUUUCCCUUUCCGUGAAGUUUGGCAAUGACGUGCAGCACUUCAAAGUCCUGCGGGAUGGCGCUGGGAAGUAUUUCCUGUGGGUGGUCAAGUUCAACUCGCUCAACUCCCUGGUGGAGUACCACCGCACCAGCUCCGUCUCCAGGAAUCAGACCAUCUUCCUCAAAGACAUCGAGCAGGUCCCACAGCAUUGCACGUAUGUACAGGCACUGUUCGACUUCGACCCUCAGGAGGACGGCGAGCUGGGCUUCCGUCGAGGGGCUCUCAUCCAAGUGCUGGACAACUCUGACCCCAACUGGUGGAAAGGGGCGUACCACGGCCAGACGGGAAUGUUCCCACGCAACUAUGUCACGCCUGUCAAUCAGAACAUGUAAGACAUCUACACAACCCAAUGGACUGGACCCCACCUCGCACCACACGCCACGCCAGCCCUAGAACCAAAACAAACUUCUAUGGGGUUGCUGUGGAAACGGUCGGGGGGGAAGGGUGGAUCAGGACUGACUGUUGCUAUGCGGGUUGCCAGACUCUGCUUUGGCGGAGAGAAGAGGCGUAGGGUGGUGCGGCGCUGGCGUGAGCGUUUGCCAAGGGCCAUCGCUGGAGCCCGAGGGGGAGGAGUCACUGGGGCACGCCUCCGGCUGCUCCUGCUUCACCUCAUCACACUCCUUCCGCCAUCCUUCUCCUGUGAUAUCAAAUGCUGUUUCAACAAGAUCUCUUUUUUUUUUUUUUUUUUUUUUAGUAGUUCUAGAAGUCCUUCAGAAACCAGGAUUUGAUCUGGAUCUGUUUUGUCUGUCUCGUUUCCAUCAAGUAAUUGGACUUCAUAUUGAACUCCAAGGGACAACAAUCAAUUUCUGAGUAAAAAUCUACAUGUGUUAGAGGCUGUAUGUCUUACGUGCAUCCGUGUCUGUAGUUUUGGUCUAAGUGGGAACUGUUACAUGACAUGACCUGUUCCCCUGAUCCCAGGUGAUGUCAUAGGUCAGAGAAUGCUUGCUUAAAAAUCCAUUUAUGUCUUGAAACAGUAUACAAAAUGUGGUCAAUACAGAAAGCUCUGGAGAUGAGUUUAUUGUACAGAUGGUGUACUUGGCCUCUAAACAUUAGGAUUUCACCUCGUCUUUUUUCCUUACUGAAUGGCUUUGUCAUUUUGACUUUGUAAUAAUGAAUUAUGUUGAUGUGACGUUCAAUCAUGAAACCCUACGAUGUUGAAUCUUGCCUGUAAUUAACCCGUGUACUUCAACCUGUCGUAUGUUAUUGGAUGAGUGGGUUAUGUCUUCUGGAGACCUUUAGCUCAGUUGUGCUUUCUCAGUGCCUUCCCAGCUUACUGUCAGCAAGAUAAUCAUGACUUAGAACUGGUCUAUGUGAGAAACACACAAUCUAAUGCAAGCAAAUGGACAGUAUGUUUACUCAAGACUACAAAGAGUUGGUCAACAUUACAAAAAAAUGAAACUUCUUGUGAAAUCUAUUUCAGCCUAAGGAGUUGGUGGGGCAGGGGACUGUGCACACGUGUAUGAUGCUGGUAUUUAACUUGAAGAGAAAUAAAUGUAGACAAUAUGAUGCAUUCCCUUGCUACAUCCUCAAACGCAUGGUCUCACUGUCAAGUGUAUGGGUGGGUUUGGGUGGCAGAUCACACCUUGCCAUCACUGUGUUGCUCUUUUUCACAUUAAUGUAUGAAUUUUUACACUUUGCAGCAUUUGUACUUGGAAUAAGUGUAUAAAGAGAGGUCUACUAAUUAUACGGUUAUCUUACAUUUGAAACGGUGUUUGCAAAAUAAUCAAAGACAACUGCUAUGGGGAUUUAUUUUCUGUAUCCUUUGGAGCAGAGGAGUCCAGAUGAAAUGGCACACGAGUGAAAAACUGUGAGUGCUUGCUUGUUUCACCCUAUCUGUUUUCUACAGACGAUGGGGGCUGUUUGACAUCAAACGGCAACAACAAAAGAACAGCAAUGGUGCAGAGAACAGCAGAGACUGAGGAAGUUCACAUACAAAACUAAAAACAUUGGUUAGAGAGAUCAUAAUAGAUUUGGAGUAAGCAUGACAGACUAUGUUAUUUAAACUGUGAUUUUUCCUAUUUUUUUUCUCCGGUCACUCAAUUCCUUUCUUUUUUUUGUGAAUAAAACCCAGUUGCUCUGAUUACGUGAAAGUACUACAGAAAAAGAUAGCUCUGAUUUACACAUUGCUCUGAGUGGUUUGAAGGAUGUUGAAAGUUACAAUUUAAAGAUGAGUUGGGCAGAAGAUUAUGCAACACACUUACACACACUAUUUUCAAAGCCAUAUUUUCAUCUGUUAUUCUUUGUGUCAUAUCCUUCCUUUGUUGCCACAUUGGCCACUUCACCCACUGCAUAUUCAAGGUAGAAGGAGGAGGAACACAUAACAAAGGAUGAAAGAGUUGAUAAAAAAGAAAAAAAUAAUGGUUGAUUUUCUUCUGAAUAUCAGUAGCUCUCCCUCAUUUUCAUGCAAAUAUUUGUGGACUUCUUGUUAUUAGUUGUCAGGUUUAAGUUAUAGGUGGCCUUCUUCAGAGAUUUUGUUGGAGCUUCAAUGAGUCUGAGUCAGUUUCAGCAUUGGGUAAGUGAGGCUGGUCCAUGGUGUGGAAGCCGACUCGAAGGACCAUUCUGAUGCAUCCAUGCCCCCAUGAUUUCUGAUUUGUUUGAGUCUCCACAUAAAACACAAUGCCCUGAGACUGAUGUUUAAAUGUUGCCAUUUUUGUGGUUGUUGCCUGAAGGAGCCCAUGGUUUGGGUGUGUGCAAUAGCAUCACAGUUAGGUGGACUGUAUCCCUUUAAAUGUGUACCAUUUCUUUUUCUUGGUUGGUAACUAAAUAAAGCAACAUUUUUUGUGUAUUUGA